AAACUGUGCGCAGUUAGCAGUCUCGAAUACGACAGGUUGACGUUAACCCUAGUUAUCCCUAACACGGAAGUUGAUACGUCCUCGGGCUCCCACAUUAAAGAGUAACUAUAUUUCGAACCUUUUCGAUUUUUUCUGAUUUCAUUUAGGUUAAGGAGCGUUAUGUCACAGUCUUUACAGUGAAAAUGCGUGACAGGUUUCGUAAUGUAUUGAGGAAGGUUUCUAGUUUUGUGUCAGCUUUCGAGUUUACGAGUGGGGUCGUGUUUGUAGUCACACUAUCUUGUGUCCUGAGCAUCGUUACGCAUUACUUCAACAUCUCGGGACAUGCACUAAGUCUGGAAUCCAGCGUUGUUCUCAACGGCCAUGUUCACAAACUCCUCACCUACUGCUUCUACCAUAAGGAUGUGGGACACCUCUUUCUCAGUGUGGCUGUGCUGGUGGUGUUCUGCAGUGGAUUAGAGAAAGGAGUUGGCACAGUGCGAUUCCUACACCUUUUACUUUUUCUUGUCACUUCUAUUGGCCUAUUACAUGUACUACUGGAGCUGUUGUUGUUUUCUCCAUCUACAAGGAGCUCAGUUUCAGGCCUAAUCCCAGUAUCUCUCGCCAUGCUGGGCAUGGUGACCAUCAGUUCCCGCAUGAGGAAGGCAUUCCUGCUAGGCUUUACUGUGCCCACUGCAGCCUUGCCCUGGCUCCUGAUGCUCAUUGUUUAUUUCUUUAUCCCAAAUAAUGUAUUCUUAUGCAAUGUCCUGGCCGUAAUCACUGGGCAGAUGUAUGGGAUGAAAUGGUUUUCAGUGUUGCAGAUGUCUGAGUCCAAAGCUUGUGUGUUUGAGAAGAUGGUGCCAUUCAGAUUGCUGAAGAAAAUAACAUGUGUGAAUUUUGUCCCUGCAUCUGCAGGGGAGCGAAAAAAGAUCCUGCACACAAUAUGCAGCCCAUCACCCGGCUCAUACCCUGUCCAGGCUUAUGCUCCAGCAUCUAUGUUUGCUUCUCAAGCUACAGGAACUGCUCCAAGCAGUGUAGAUGGUUGGUCACAUUCAACUAUUAUCCAACAGAACUACACAAUACCUUCACUAAACCCUGGAUAUAGCGUUGGGCCCAAAUUUGGAUCCAGCCAUGGGCAAACACAUGGGCAUACACAUGGGCAUACACAUGGGCAUACACAUGGACAUGUCUGUGGACAUAGCCAUGGACACAGUCAUCAAUAUCAGGCCAGCAACUUUUGGAUGUCAGAGGCUCCUUAUGCCCAUUCUCAUUUUAGCCCUCCUAAGAAUAUGGAUGUACAAUCUUUUGGUAACCUAUCACACACAGCAGCUCAAGCAGACUUUGUGGCAUCUGUCCCUGUGCUGUCCAGUUAGCAAUAUGAGUGGUGCAGUCCACCCAAAAUCUAAAGAAAAAAAAACGAAUAUAGUGAUGCUGAACCAUGACAGAAAAAAAUGUUAGGCACUCUGUAGCUAAACAGAACAAGCCAGCCAUGAAUCAGUGUAACUUUUGAUUUUGUGAUGCUCUACCUACAAGCUGAUAUGGUGCAUUUACUUUUUUCUUUUAAUCUUUUGUUGCUUUACAUUGUGUAAGAAAUAUAGCAUAACAAAAAAGCAAAAAGAGAUUUGUACAUUAAAAUAAAAAAAAAAUCUCACAUUUACAUGAA